AGUGGUUAACUUGUUGGGAAAAAAAAGUCUUGUUAGAGUUAAAUGUGACGUUGAUUUUCUAAUAUAAUGCAUUUGUUUUUACCAGUUAACUUAAACUGGCAGUAAAAACGCCCUAAAAUUAAUAUAUUUAAAAAAAGACACAAACCACAACAGCGUUUAAUGUAUAAACACUUUAUUAUAAAAGUUAACACGGAAAGCGAACCGUACUAUUAAAAUUCAGUUAAUAAAGUAAACCACUUCUUCACAGACCAACCGUUAAAUAUAAGGAUUAUAUGAAGUCUUAUACGUCAAAACACUGAUAGAGGCUGAAUUAUAUGCAAAUUCAUCAGCACACGUUUGAAUAAACGACAAUCACUGAUUCGAGAGGCAACAAACACGCUUUGCUUUUGAUCUAAAUCAAGUAUGUACAAGCUCAAGCGACAGUUUUAGGAGUUGUGUUAAAAACUACAAAUCCUAGACUGUCUAACAGCCCCGAUUGAAUUCGGUGUGGGUCAUGUAGUUGAUGGCACUUCCCUCGUGUCAGCAGUGUGCACUGCGCAGGGCUUUGUGUUCAACUACAGUACCCACACGUCACUGUUAUCCGCGGAUAUCUCAGCGCUGCUGCUUCUCUCCAGUCUAGCGCUCGCUCCUUUUUAGCGGAUUGGCAAAACAGGGUAGGAUUCCUAGGAGGAAUACAAAAACAUAAGCAAAAAUGGCAGAGCUUGGAGCGGGGAGCCUGCUAACAGGAGAUCCUGCUUUUAAUUAUCAAGAGCAUGAGCUAAACGAGCGCUUGAAGCGGCUGUACCCGGCCGUGAAUGAGGAAGAGACCCCCUUACCCCGGUCUUGGAGCCCCAAGGAUAAGUACAGCUACAUCGGGCUCUCACAGAAUAAUCUGCGGGUGCAUUACAAAGGCCAUGGAAAAAACCACAAAGAUGCAGCGUCUGUACGGGCCACCCAUCCUAUCCCUGCCGCUUGUGGCAUCUACUACUUUGAGGUGAAGAUCGUAAGCAAAGGAAGGGAUGGGUACAUGGGAAUUGGACUGUCUGCCCAGGGGGUCAACAUGAACAGACUUCCUGGUUGGGACAAGCACUCCUAUGGUUACCAUGGUGACGAUGGACACUCCUUUUGCUCUUCAGGGACUGGCCAACCGUAUGGCCCAACCUUCACAACGGGCGACGUCAUUGGCUGCUGCGUGAACCUCAUCAAUAACACAUGCUUUUACACCAAGAAUGGCCACAGUUUAGGUGUGGCUUUCACAGAUCUGCCACCUAACCUGUACCCUACAGUAGGGCUACAGACUCCAGGGGAGAUAGUAGAUGCUAAUUUUGGCCAGCAGCCUUUUGUGUUUGACAUUGAGGACUACAUGAGUGAAUGGAGGGCCAAGAUCCACAGCAUGAUUGCCCGCUUCCCCAUCGGAGAAAGACUGGGAGACUGGCAGUCUGUUCUGCAGAAUAUGGUGUCCAGCUACCUAGUGCAUCAUGGGUAUUGUGCCACAGCAAUGGCCUUUUCCAGAGCCACAGAGACCAUGAUCCAAGAGGACCAAACCUCCAUAAAAAACAGACAGAGAAUACAGAAGCUGGUAUUGGCAGGACGUGUUGGAGAAGCCAUUGACGCAACACAGCAGUUGUACCCCGGACUCUUAGAACACAACCCAAAUUUACUCUUCAUGUUGAAGUGUCGGCAAUUUGUGGAGAUGGUGAAUGGUACAGAUAGUGAGGUACGGUGCUUUAGUGUCCACUCUCCUAAAUCACAGGACAGCUAUCCCGGCUCCCCCAACCUGAGCCCGCGGCACGGAGCCACCAAUGCUCACGUGCACAACACAGGAGCAGACAGUCCCACAUGCAGUAAUGGGGUCACCCCUACUAACAAAAAUAAGAGCCACAACAAAUACACAGGCGUAAGCUCCGCCUCCUCCUCUCCAUCCUCCUCUCCUUCCUCCGUCAAUUACUCAGAGUCCAACUCUACCGACUCCACCAAGUCACAGCCCCACAGUGCCACCAGCAACCAGGAGACUAGUGAUAGUGAGAUGGAAAUUGAGGCAGAACAUUACAGCAACGGCGUGACAGAAAGCUCAACUCGCAUUAUGAAUGGCACAUACAAACACCAGGAAAUCCUGCAGGCGGAUGACAACAGUGUUGGCAAUGGAGUAGCAGAUGAUAGCUGCAGCUCUAGACAGCUGUGUGGCGGAAACCAGGCGGCCACGGAGAGAAUGAUCCAGUUCGGCAGAGAGCUCCAGGCCCUCAGCGAGCAGCUCUGCCGCCAGUACGGCAAGAACGCCACUCACAAGAAGAUGCUGCAGGAUGCAUUCAGUCUGCUGGCGUACUCAGACCCCUGGAACUGCCCCGUGGGCCAGCAGUUGGACCCCAUGCAAAGAGAGGCGAUCUGCUCCGCUCUCAACAGCGCUAUUCUGGAGUCUCAGAAUCUGCCCAAACAGCCUCCACUCAUGCUGGCUCUGGGUCAGGCCACUGAGUGCGUGCAGCUGAUGGCCAGGGUUCGCUCCGGUUCCUGCUCCUUCGCCAGAGUCGACAACUUUUUGCACUAGCGCCAGUCCAGGCAGUGUUCAGGACAGCUAAGAGGAGGACUUUCCAGUUGGUUGCCAUGACGAGAACACGCGUUUGAAUUGGUGUGUCGCUUGCCGUUUGCCAGAAGCAGCCGAGCAGAUUGAAUAGAAACAUGAGAAGAGAGGCUUCUUUUUAAUUUAGUAUUAUCAAAUACAAAUUGUGUGACACUAUUUAAAGAUGAAUUAAUUAUUCUGUUUAUCUAGUCAUUUUUAUUUUAGUUUAUAUUUUGUCAGUUUGUUGUGCUCAUCUUUAAACAAAUCAAAUUCCCAAACUAUUUUUUUUUUUUCAUGGGUGAAUUCAGUGCAUAUCAAAAUACACAUAAUGGUAAGUUCCUACUGAAAAUUUGAGCUACGCACUCUGGUUUUUCUCAGUCAGAGCUCAGGUAUUUAGACAAAUGUUCUUUUGUCGUCAGAGCGGGAUAUUUGUGUGUCGCUUCACCAGAUCAUACUGUGGGUUUUUAAGCAGGUCCUUUUCUAUGUACAAGCAAAUUCUAUAUAUACCUUAACAGCCCCUUUAGGAAUUAAAUGGACGUUGGUGUUGCGCAUACGUGAAUUAAGUGUGACCUUACAAUAUUUUCAUUGCUGUAAGUGUGCAAGAGAGGGUGAGAUAAUGCAUGGCUCCUAGUGUCUUUUAAGCUACUUUAGUAUCUCAGGCACCAGCACGAGUUUGAUUAGACACAAUCACACAGCGACGACGCAGACUUGCCCUUGGGUCCAAUGUAGAUGAAUUAUAUUUUCAACCAUAGACCUUUGCCCAAAAAUGCAUCUAUUUUACUGAUAUUUUACCAUCUUUAUAGCAGUGGGUAUCAUGCAAAUGUCAACCUUCACUUCUUUUUUUUUUUUAAGUUUUAAGUUAGGUAUACUGAAGUUAACAAGUGGUUUUCUGAUAUUUGUGGCUGUACCAAAUAAAAACGCAACAUUUUUGACAAAAGAAAAUUAAGCUCAGUAGUUUGAUUACUGAGAAGCUCCACUGAAGCUUACAGACUAACUUUGUAUACGGAGUCUGUACGUUUUAUACCCAUGUGAAUAGUGUCACUGUGUUGAUAGUUCUCCUGUUAGAUUAAUAACUACAAACUGACACCGUUUCAGCUUGUUAUUGGUUGUUUCAUUGGCUGUUAAGUACUGUUGUUCAAGUUUCUUACCAUUGGAUGCACUGUACUCCAAUUAAUGCAUAUGAUGCAUUACUGUAUCUGUCUACCUCUCCUGUUCAGUAACGGAGGGACAGAGUAUGAACUUGCAGCAUGCAAGACAAUUGACUGACCCAGCGUUCCUGCAAAUGAACAGAAACAAAAAAUAUAUAUAUUUAUUUAGCACCUAGAACAUCUCCUUAAAUUACAAUCAUCUUUGUUGCUCCAGAACUUCACUUCGACCUCAUAUCAGUGCAAUUGUUUUGGUCUUUCCCUCCCUGAUGUCCUUUAACAAUCUUUUUCUUGGCCUUUGUAAAUGUGACGUUAACUGGCUCAGGCACUUAACACUUUUUUUCUUUCUUUCUUUUAAUCUGAUCAUCCAUGAAGGAAAAACCAUAAAUCGAUCCCAUGUCAACCCAGCAUUUUACUUGCCAGCACGCCGCCGUGGUGUUGAAUGUAGCUUAGCCAAUUUUAUUUCCCACAUUUUUUGCUGCUGGCCAUCAUGAGAUUGUUACAUUCCUAUAUCUACACCUGCUUUUGUUCAUUUCAGUUAUACCUCGUUUACUCUUAGGACAGUGCUGUCUAGCUUGCUGUGUCAUGACAGGCAUUUUAACAGAAGGUAUGUGUAGCGCAGGUUGACCUGCAGAUCAUCUGGCUGGAGUCACAGGGUCACUGGAAGGUUGCACAUGCUCCUCAAUAGCAAAAAUAAAGUUGGCCUUCCCAACUCUGGAGUUACAUAAUGAAUAUAGGCGCUAAAAUCACAGAUUAUAGCCCCACCAUUUGUUUUUAGCAGUGUUUGUGUGUCAAUCUGAUUGUGUGGGGUGGGAAUUUUACACAUCCUGAUCCCAAACAAUCUUGUUUUACCAUUUUACUCCACAAAAUGGGUCAAUUUGGUUGUUAAAUGGUGGUAUCUUGUUGCAUGGGGACAUCUUGUGUAACUUUUUACUUAUGAUUGAGUUAAUGCCAAGUAUGUUUUGGAGCUCAUCAUAAUUUAAUAUUGUCGUUUUAAAAUAAUCCAUCAUAGAAUUUCUUAUUGGCUUUAAAUAGGGACCUACGUACAUUAAUGGAAGGGAAGAAAGUAGCCAAAAUCUUUCAAAUCUGUCAAGAUUUUCUUAGUCAUGUGGCGAUGUUCCUGCCUCAAAAGACAAUGGAGCAGGGCGAACGGAAUGGAGUACAGCAAGCUGUGCACAAUUUACUUCUAUCAUGGUUUUAAUUUUAUUUGAGUUUUCUUUUAGAAAUUGUGAAAUGAGUUACCCUCUACUUAGCAUGAACCUUUAAAACUUUUAAAACAACAUAAAAAAGAAAAACACUUUAAAAACGAAAAAAAAAGAGAGACAUACCUAUGUACUGGAAACAUGAUAAAGAAAUAUUGUACUCGUUUAAUUUUGACAGAAUUAUUUUUAUUAAAAUACACAUCCAUGAGCAAA